AUGUGCUCCCAUUUCAACGUUGUGAAGGCACUGCUGCAGCUGAAGGCGGCGUGGGGCGUGUGGGCGGGAAACAGCAACGCCACCACGACGUGCUCCCCCCCCCUCUUCCCCUCCCUCCUCUCCCCUCCCGAUUGCAUUCUCUGUACCGGCAGUGAAGGUGCUGCUGCAGCUGAAUGCAGCGUGGGGCAUUUGGCCGAACAACAGCAACGCCACCACGGCGUGCUCUGCAUGGGAGGGCGUCACAUGCAGCCCCAAAGGGCUCCUCACCGCCCUGUGAGGAUCGUUCCGCCACUCGCUGUUCUCGUUACACUAGACUUCCGCUCGGUGCUUGAUCUGACCAACGUUAAUCUGUUCGGGCCCCUUCCAUCCCUUGCCAGUCUCACUGGCCUCACGCACCUAGCUAUUUUUAUGGAUGGUGACAUCAGUCACGCUGGCACUCUGGACGGACUGGCCUGGCUCUCCUCCCUCACCAACCUGCAAACACUGUUCGCCUUACAAGCCAAUGUUUAUUCCUGCGAGCAAUUUAACUGUCACUCUUCUUCCGCUUUGUCAUCCAUCCUUGCUGUCUUAGUUUAG